UGAUAACUAUUGGUAAGGUUAGGUAUUACUUGAGUAUAGUUAUGGUCAACUACAGUUUCAUAAUGUUUAUUCGCAUAUAAAUCGAAAUGUAUUCAACAUUAAAGUUGCGGAGGACUUUUCUACGUUAAAGUAUUAUACAUACUACGGAUAAUAAAAUUGCUGCGCCUACCUCGUUUCCGCUCGUUAUGUCUAUUUCCUCGUUUUGUCAAACCGUGCUCGAGUUAAUUUUUGGAAAAAAUACACUACAUUGGACGUGAAAAUUUUACGACUGACUCUCGAAUUUAAUGAAAUUUAAGCGGACAUUACUGCAUAUAAGUACCUAGAUUUAGGGUAGUCUCAGUGACCCGAGCAGAAGACGAAAAAAAGUAAAAUUAAAUGCGAAUUAUAGCGCGUUCGUCUCCUCGUUUGUAUAUCCGUGGCGCGUUUUGGUUCAUACGCGGUUCAACAAACACCCAAUGUGGCGCUUGAGUUUGGAAGGUUAUGGAUUAAAGCUUCGGGGUGUGGCAUCAUAUUGUGAUUUAUAAAAUAAAUAGAAUAUCGUGGGUUUCUAACGAGGGGUGAAUUCGUUUUGUGAAUGUGACCAAUGCGAAGGAUUACCUUUGAACGGUGCGCGAAGAGCCUCUGAGAUUUCGACCACCUCCUAAAAAAUUGUUCUUCGGGGAAUAUCAAAUUUUUUUAACGUAUUUACAGUGAUGUUACGUUUACGUUUUCUACGCUUCUCACAGAAAUUUCUUCACUGAUUAAUGAAAGCACGAAGAUCGCAAAAUGUUGAUGAUACACGUCGAUUAAUUUACAUAUCGAUGAGUGUUUAUGUGAAACGUUGACACAAGGUAGUUGAUCAUUGCUUGGUAGGAUACGGUCCAUGAAAUCACGUGUAUUAAAGUCUACGUGGGAUGUUGGGCGCUAUCACCCCCACGCAGUCCCACGAGUACACCGAAAUGUCUCGGUUAGCCGACUACUUUGUUGUGGUCGGCUACGACCACGAAAAAGAGAGAGGAGGAAUAAGUAAUGGAAUUAUUCUACAAAGAUUUCCUGAAAAAGAUUGGCCAGAUACACCAUUCAUUGAUGGAAUAGAAUGGUUUUGCCAGCCACAAGGAUGGGCUUUAUCUACAGAAAGGCAGGAACCACGUUUUUUUGUAUCUAUUUUAACCGAUAUUGAUGCAAAUCGUCAUUACUGUGCUUGUAUGUGCUUUAACGAGACAGUGUCGAUUGUGCCAAGUAAGCCCGUAGAUGAAGAAGAAGAUCCAGUAGAUGGUGAUAGUCGUUCAUUGGUUAGAACAAUACCCGCAAUUGCACAUCACAGCAUUAUGUAUGCACCCAAAUGUCUGGUGCUGGUUUCCAGACUUGAUUACAUUGAAACUUUUAGAAAUUGCCUUGGUAUAAUAUACACUGUGUAUGUAGAAAAUCUUGGUAUACCAUUAGAAACUUUGGUAGGGAAUAUAUUAGGUUGUAUACAAGUACCACCUGCUGGUGGACCACAAGUACGAUUCAGCAUUGGCGCGGGUGACCGUCAAGCACUUCAACCUCCGAUUAGUCCUUCUCUUCCGUUAACUCACACUAGUGUAAAUCUUUUAUUUCAACAAUUAGGUAUUCGUAGCGUAUUAGUAUUAUUUUGCGCUGUUAUGACAGAACAUAAAAUUCUUUUCCAUUCUGCAAGUUAUUCGCGGUUAACUGAAGGAUGUCGUGCUCUUACCGCACUAAUGUAUCCAUUUAGAUACACUCACGUUUACAUUCCUCUUUUACCAGCGGCUUUAGUUGAAGUACUAAGUACACCUACACCAUUCAUCAUGGGUGUACAUAGUUCAUUAAAACAUGAAGUUGCGGAACUUAUGGAUGUGAUAGUUGCUGACUUAGACGGAGGUUCUAUCAUGGUUCCAGAUGGAGUUUCACUUCCAUUACUUCCAGAACCACUUCUUUCACAGACACAGGAUGCAUUAUCUUUAGUAUUGCAGCCAGAAUUGAUUUGUGCAGAUUAUGCCUUUCCACCACUUGCAACAAGAGCUCCUCAUUCUCCUAUGUUAGACAAAGAAUUAAGAGCAGUUUUUAUGAGAACAUUUGCUCAAUUAUUACAAGGCUACAGAAGCUGUCUGACAUUAAUAAGAAUUCAUCCUAAGCCUGUUAUAACAUUUCACAAGGCAGCUUUCUUAGGAGAACGAGGCUUAACUGAUUGCGAUUUUACAACUAGAGUUUUGGAUUGCAUGUUUUUUACUUCCUUUAUUGCAGAAAGGGGACCACCGUGGAGAGCUUGUGAUGUGUGGGAUGAACUGUACAGCAAUUUGAGUGAUCAAUUGAAGCAAGAAGCACAAGACCAUAGACUUAUAUUAACGCAUAUUCAAGAAUUAGCACAACAAUUAUACACAAACGAAAAUCCAAAUCCUCAGCCAUAUGUACAAAAAAUUUUGAAACCACCUGAAGGAGCAUUUGCUAGAAUACAUCAACCACUUUUGCCACGCAUCAAUCCAGAGCAAGUUCAGGCAAUUAUAGAUGAAGGUCUUGCCAAAAAUAAUCUCAAAGUUAGAUUAUCAUCCUUAAGGCCGUCACAACCGCGUAUUGUACCUAUGGGUCCACAUAUUUCAUUUGUUCAUGACACCAGACACUUGGUUAGCAAUUCUGCACGUAGACUCGAAGUUCUUCGCAACUGUAUAAAUUGUAUAUUUGAAAAUAAAAUAUCAGACGCUCGGAAAACUUUCCCGGCUGUACUAAGAACGUUGAAGAGCAAAGCCGCUCGAUUAGCACUUUGCAUGGAACUAUCACAGCACGUUGUCGGAAACAAAGCGAUGUUAGAACACCAACAAUUUGAUCUUGUGGUCCGAUUAAUGAAUUGCGCGUUGCAAGAUGAUUCAUCCAUGGAUGAACACGGUGUUGCUGCUGCACUCCUUCCUCUUGCAACAGCAUUUUGCCGGAAACUUUGUACAGGAGUAAUCCAGUUUGCAUAUACUUGCAUUCAAGAACACCCUGUAUGGCAAAAUCAACAAUUUUGGGAAGAUGCGUUUUACUUGGAUGUUCAAAAAGAUAUUAAACGAUUAUAUCUUCCUGGAGAAAAUUCUCCGCCACGGCUCAUGAAUGAUGGUAUCUUGAGUCCAAUCAGCCCACGAGAUGCUAAAGAAUUUCCUUUCCGUGAUCGCUACUCUAUCUAUCAAAUUCAAGAACCGUCGGCUCUUGAAAUAGCCGCUGAACAAAUGAGGAUUUGGCCGACGAUUGAUCCGGAGAAACAAAAAGAACUUAUCGCGAGUGAAGAAAGUACCAUGUACAGUCAGGCAAUUCAUUAUGCGAAUAGAAUGGUGUAUUUAUUAGUUCCAUUAGACAUAGGAGCGAAAACUCAUCGCCAAGAUAACAUUUAUGACGACGAAAGAGCAAGUAAUAGUAUUACGAACAGUGUGGCAAGUGACAGCGGCGACGCAGAGUCCGGAUUCGAAGAAACUGAUCCUGGGGAAACUGGUUGUGCUGUUAUUCGAAUGGUUUCACGAUUCGUAGAUCGUGUUUGUACCGAAGGAGGUGUAAGUGCCGAGCACGUGAAAUGUCUACAUCAAAUGGUUCCCGGCGUUGUUCACAUGCAUAUUGAAACUCUUGAGGCUGUACAUAGAGAAAGUAAGAGAUUACCUCCAAUACAAAAGCCUAAGAUCUUAACACCUAAUAUGUUGCCUGGUGAGGAAAUUAUCAUGGAUGGACUACGCGUUUACCUUUUACCGGAUGGGAGAGAAGAAAGCCCAGCAGGAUUGCCAAAGAUACCGCCACUCUUGCCAGCAGAGGGAGCAAUAUUCCUUACUAAUUACAGAAUUGUCUUUAAAGGAAUACCUUGUGAUCCAUUUGCCUGUGAACAAUUAGUAGUUCGCGCUUUUCCUGUAACAUCCUUGACUAAGGAAAAACGAGUCGCUGUACAACACUUGGCGCAUUUAGACCAGUGUUUGCAAGAAGGUCUUCAGCUACGGUCUUGUACUUUCCAGUUAAUCAAAUUAGCUUUUGACGAAGAAGUUACUCCUGAGAAUAUCGAAACCUUCAGAAAAUUAGUUCACAAAGCUCGAUAUCCACCACAUAUUUUUCAUCACUUUGCUUUCAACGGGCAGGUAUUAGUGACUCAAACUGCGCAUCAUAAAGGAAAAGAAAAAAAUGCUACUCUUAAAGGAUUUGCUAAAAAGACUCUACUAAAGACUGCGCGUAAGGCCGGUUUUAAGCCAAAGCAAUCAUCUAAAAGACAAAAGUAUGUUUUACCGAAUAUGAAUAUGAUUACCAAUAACAAAUUUAUGACAUCGCCUGGUCGAAUGAGUUUACCAGUGACAGAUAAUAAUGAUUUAAGUCAUGAUGACGAUCUUAGUGUAGAUGACUUCGAAAUUCCGGGAAUUGUAAUUCAACCACAACCACCAACCGAUGCAAAAACCUUAGAACGAUUAUCUGAACGUAGUUACGUAAGGGAUUGGUAUCGUUUAGGAUUAUAUUCAAACGGCCUACAUAGCAAUCGUAGGAACGAACCGUUUCGGUUGUCGUCAGUGAACUGUGCCUACAUGAUUUGUAGAAGUUAUCCCGCACUCCUUAUAGUUCCUUCAUCAAUAUCAGAUGAAGGUAUCCGGAGAUUUUGUCGACUUUAUAGACACAAUAGAAUUCCAGUUGUUACCUGGAGGCACCCAAGAACAAAGGCACUUCUUAUUAGAGGAGCAGGUUAUCAUGGAAAGGGUGUUAUUGGUAUGUUAAAAGCUCAUCCAGCAUCUGCUGCCAAUUUAAAAGCAACAUCUUCAGAAACAACGUCAUCCUUGGAACAAGAAAAAUAUAUAAUGGCUCUUGUAGCUGCAACUCCAUUAUCCGCCUUAAGACAAGGUUCUGCUUGGGGAAUGUCCGAUAGUUCACUCAGCAUUGAUUCUUUGUUACUAGCAGCUGAAGAUCGUAAUGCUACUCCUGAACAAUCACGACGAAAUCCAUUUAAUAAGGCCAUUGGAACAUUGAGUUCAUCAGGUGGUAAAGGUCCCAAGAAUUUUGGACGUUGGGGUUCGUUGAAAGAUAAGAGACAUAAUUCGCAAGCCUCUUUAACGUCAGUUCAUCAGCGUGGUACUGUGAGACAUUCUGCAGAUUCGGAUAGUGGUACAGAAUGUGUUCAUACAUUCCAACGGGCUGCAUUAUAUAUUCUUGGUGAAAAAGCGCAUAUGAAAGGCGUUAAAACAGAAUCAGCACCGAAAACAGACUUUAUUCCAGUGGAAUAUUAUGACGCGAGACAUACUAAAGCCGCAUUUAAAAAACUCAUGCGAGCUUGUAUUCCUAGUUCUCUAAAUAUAGAACCCGAACAAAGUUUUUAUAAGUUAAUUGAAACCUCGGAAUGGUUACAGCAACUUCAAAAUUUAAUGCAGUUAUCUGGAGCUGUUAUUGAUUUAAUGGACGUGCAAGGCUCGUCGGUAGCCGUUUGUCUGGAACAGGGUUGGGAUACUACAACCACAGUCUGUUCUGUUGCUCAAGUGUGUCUGGACCCACAUUACAGAACUAUCGAUGGAUUUCGAACUUUGAUUGAGAAAGAGUGGCUUGGAUUCGGCCACAGAUUUGGACACAGAAGCAAUCUUGCAGCGAAUUCCCAAACCACAAACUUUACGCCCACUUUCCUUCAAUUUCUUGAUAUAGUGCAUCAAAUCCAAAAGCAAUUUCCAUUAGCAUUCGAAUUUAACGAAUAUUAUUUGAAGUUUUUGGCCUACCAUUCCGUUUCUUGUCGUUUUCGUACAUUUUUGUUGGACUGUGAAUUCGAUAGAGUGGAAUGCGGAAUCACUGCCGUAGAAGAUAAAAGAGGGUCAUUGACAAGUCAUCAUAAAGGAGUGGAUACAGGAAGUGACGAUGAAACCAUUUAUCCAGGUGGCAGAUUAGCAGGGACAAAUACAGGAUGUAAUCUUGGUCAAAGCAUAUUUGAUUACAUUGAGAAACAACAUGCACGAUGUCCAUUGUUUUAUAAUUUUAUGUAUACGCCUAAUACGGAGCACACGGUAUUAAGACCUGUUUCACACUUACCGAGCCUUGAUAUCUGGCAGUACUAUUUAGAAGAAGAAUUGGCUCACGGACCCGCAUACGACUUAGAAGUGUUGCAACAAGAUUCACAGCAAGAAGAAGAGGCAGAAGCUGCUGAUGGCGUUGUCAAGAGUAACCGUAAAGUAGUUACACAAGGUUACGAUGGUACAAGCACUAUGAUACCCGAUCAAUUUUCCUAUCUUUUAGAAGAAAUUCAUAAACUAGAAACCGAGUUAGGUCAUUUACCACAAAAAUGGAAGGUUCUUUGGGAUAAACUUGAACUGCCAAAUACAGACUCACUGGCUCGUCAUGCGUCGUUUAGCACUACAUUAGUUAGAUAUCAUGGACGAUUAAUCCAUAAACGUUCUACCUUAGAACUACUUCUCCGAGGAAAACUUGCUGGUGGAACUAAUUCUGGAAAUGAUGGUUCCGUUUACGCACAUCCUCAUAGAUUCGAAAGAUUAGAUUCAGCCACGCCAACUCAUUGUGAUGCUUGCUACGGUGUUUUAUGGGGACCUGUAAAAGCUGGUUUACGAUGUGUAGACUGCGGACAUGUGUGUCAUGAUAAAUGUGCUGAUGCAGUACCAAAAAAUUGCACAAAAUAUAAAGCAGUAACUGACAAUUUACAAACGCAUACACUCACAAGAAGCGGUGGUGAUAACGGGAGCGUAAAUUCAAGUGUAGCAACGAUACAAACUUCUUCACAACAAUAUUACGAGCAGUUCUCUAGCAAUGUUGCAGAAAAUAGAACACACGAAGGAUAUCUUUACAAGCGAGGUGCAUUGCUUAAAGGUUGGAAACAGAGAUGGUUUGUGUUAGAUUCUAUAAAGCACCAGUUGAGAUAUUACGAUGCAAUGGAAGAUUCUCAUUGUAAAGGAUACAUAGAUCUAGCUGAAGUAGUGUCUGUGACACCAGCUGCGCCAAUGCCAGGGCCACCAAAGAAAACAGACGAUAAAUCAUUCUUUGAUCUUCGUACAAACAGACGGACAUAUAAUUUUUGCGCUGGUGAUGCAGCAACUGCGCAGGAAUGGAUCGAAAAAGUUCAAGCGUGCUUACAAUAGCUUGAUUAUGCCUCUAAUUUAAAAUGUGCAAGUGACUGAUAGAUUAAAACAGAUUUUAAUUUUGUUACAUACUAUUUUAUAGUCUAAUAGUACGUAUCAUAGACUGCAAUAAUUUUGCUUUAAAUAUUUUGAAACCAGCGGUCGUUGAACUGAGAACAGUAUCAUAAAUUGAAUGUGAUGUACUCAUAUCUUUGAUAUAGCAUUAUUAUAUAAAUGUAUAUUGUAAUUAUAUAAUUAUGUUAAAUCCGUAUUAUUUCAGCUGGAAGAUGAAAGAUCACUACAUACUCAACUAAAUGUUAAAAUUCUUUUUUAUUUUGUUUAUUACGUUUUUAAUUUUAAAUGAAUAUAUUAUAAAUUGUGCGUAAAAUGUGUUGAAACGUUAAAUGAAUAAUCUGCGAAUUAAUAUUAUAUUGUCACUUUAAUUUAAUUACAAGCUUAGUCAAAUAAGUCGCGAUCUCGCUUGUUAUGAAUACGAAACGCGAACAAAAAUGAUAUGUUUUCUCGUCAAAUAAUCUUGUAAUAUUUGUUCGAUAAUUCUGCUACGCUUAUCAGUAAAACUGAAAUUAAAAGAGAUCUUGUAUAUUAUUGAUUAUUUGUUAAAAUUAGUCAUACAUUUGUAGUGUUUUAACUUUUUCUGCGAAAUAUGUUACUAAUUUCUUAUGCUUGUUAAGUGAACUUUUUUUCAUUGAGACCAGAUUACGUAAAAAAAUAAUGUGGAUAAAUUAUAUUUUAUCACAGUUUAUUUCGUACCCUGUUAAUA